GAAAGAGCUCCAUUUUCCGCGUUUUUUAGCCGUCGCGUUCAAGGCCGCUUGGGAAUCUCGCGGAGAAAACAAUCGGUGCGGGGAUAAAGAAGUCGCUUUCCUUAUCAAGCCGCACGGUUGACGACGACAACAACCGGCGCAACAAAGGGGCAUGUGGCCGCGGAGCUAGCUGGAGCGACCGUCGAUUCUGCGUCAGGAGACGCGGGCGGUUGCUCCCCGGCGCUGCGGGCGGGCCUGCGCCGUCGCGCCUCGUCUCGCGAGGGUGGUGAACCGGUAUGGCGGCACCGGCUAGUUGUGGUCGUAGCUGCGGACCCUAUCGCCCUGUUGUCGGGAUAACGUGACGCCUCGGGAAGCGGAGAGUUGCAUCGGGCGCCCGUGAGUGAGCCUGGACCGUUUUGCCGUUCGCAGGAUCGACAACAAGCAUGCCGCGGUCGCCGUCGUGUCUGCGGACGUUGUGUGCAAUGCGCGGCGUGACGCUUGACGUUGCCGCCGUCGUGAAACGUUUCGUAUCAAAUACACCACCGGUCAAGCUUCAAGCGUACCGCCGAGAACUCCACCGCCGUAAAGUCGUAGUCUGCGGUCCAUCGAACUGGUCGAAGAUCUACCCCAAGGCCGCGGGAGAAAAGCAGUCACCCAUCGACAUUGUGCAGAAGAAUGUGCAGUCCGACCCGUUCCUGGCAGAGAACCCACUCCGAUGGAACUACAAGGGCCUGCAUUGCACGAACUUGCUCAACACUGGCUGUGGCUGGAGGGCCGACGUGACCGCUCAGGGCCCGAAUAUUUCUGGGGGGCCUCUACACCACAACUAUCAGAUGGUCCAGUUCCACAGCCACUGGGGCACCUGCAGCAAGAUGGGAAGCGAGCACACCGUCGACGGGGAACACUAUGCAGGCGAGUUGCACCUUGUCCACUACAACCUGGACAUGUAUUCCAGAGCUUCAGAAGCAGCGUGCUCCGAUAAGGGACUGAGUGUUAUCGGCAUCUUUCUUAAGGAAGGACAGCCUCAUGAAGAGUUGCAGAAGAUCACGGAUAGCAUGAAAAAGGUUAUCUACAGAGGCGACAAGUGUUCCAUAGAUCAAGACAUUGACAUUGGCUCACUCAUUCCUAAAAACAGUUCUUAUUGGACAUAUGAGGGCUCACUGACCACUCCUCCCUGCUAUGAAAGUGUCACCUGGAUUGUGUUCAAGGAGCCUAUUGAAGUGUCACAAGAGCAGUUCGAGGCAUUCCGGGAACUGAUGUCGUACAAGGAGGGGGAAGGCCCCAAGGCACCGACAGACGGCCCCAUACUCAAAAACUAUCGGCCACCCCAACCUCUGAUGGGCCGGGUUGUGCGGGAUCCCGCCAACUGAGCAUUUUCCCUGGACCUGCAACUGCGCUGGCAAGAGAUGUCGACACCUGUCUUCUGCUCACCUCUGCUGCUUCUGUUAUUUCAUGCUUGUUGCCCAUGCUUGACCUCCUUCACGGUGCCAGCAGACACUCCAAGGAUGCCUUGUGUAACCUGGGUCUUUCUGUGCGUUUUGUUUUUAGAUGCUGAGCCUACUUUUUGUGCAUCCUGUGGCAUAAAGUAUGUAUUCAUUUAGAGGUCUUAUGUCUUGGCAUAAUCUAGCCAUUACAGACAUGUUCUGUUUGUUUUGCAAAUGGGGGUGGCAGUUCUUUUUACUCGUCUUGCAAGUUUUUUUAAUUUUUUUUUAACCUUAACCAAGCAAUGCUAUGUUCUUGUCAUUCAUUUGUUCCAACAUUUACUUUGCUACUUGAUUAGGUUUUAUGCCUCCAGAACUCUAGUCAAGGUGGAAAUAUAGUCUGUACACUGUAGAACAGAAUUCAUGUGACAUCUCACAUGCCUGAAAAUUGUCCAUGUGUUUGUAAAGCAUUUGCUAUCAGGUAAUAUAAGGAAACAUUCUCCGUGCAACCUAAACUCUCAAGAUAGGAGGUGGAUAGUGGCAGAAACUGUAGCAAUAAUGCAUCAAAUAAAGCUACCUUUGUUAAUUACAAUUUCAACCUUUCAGUCCUGAGCGUAGCAUUACAGUAGGAUCACUAGAACAGCAGAAUUCCAAAGCUAUUAAAUGUUGCUAUAGUUGCACGAUUGCUGUUAGCAGUACUAGCUUCUGCAUGCUUAAUGUCUUCCAGAGUUGUAACAAAAACAUUUGUUGUGCACAAUUUCAAAACAUGACGCAUUGUAAACAGUAAUGGAAGUGACAUCUGAGUGCACAAAAAGGAAAAUUGUUUUUGUGCAAGUCUAAAUGCUUGUACAAACAAGUGUUGUGGUGUAUAUACACAUGUAUGUGUGGCACCGCAAAGUAUGGUUCCAUGCUCUGUGACUGCUUAUGUGAGAUCUCUAUUGUGGUUGUUCAUCCAACAAGUUUAUUAAGUGUUCAUUUGUUGUGUUGUUCAUCCAGACAACUCUAUUGGGUGCAAACCUAAUAUUCCUGUAUGCAAGACCCUUGGCGCAUCCUUUUUUUUUUUAGCUGUUUGUGGCUCUGAGAGGUUCUAUGCAUAUUUUUCUAUGCCUUUUGAAUAGAAAAAGCUUCAGUGCACAAAUUUCAACAAUCCUGUUACUGUGUGCUCAACAAGAGCUAUGAUCAAGUAGUUGCCUUGUGUGGGGCAAAUGUGUUUGAGGUUAUGCAGAAUGUGUUUGUGGGAGUGUUAAGAAGUGGUCUUUCAGGAACCAUAGUACAAGACUGCAUUUACAAGCUACAAAACAAACUGCAUCGAACUAUAGUUACCUGCCUUGGAAGCUUGAGUGUGCAUAGUUAAUUUUCAGGGUAGUGUUUAGAAUGUACCUAAGGAUCCUAGGGAUACAGCUUUAUGAUAUAGAAGCAGAAGACAGCUAGAAUGUAUUGUGCAAACAAAUGAUAACCCAUGAAAAUCAUCCCCCUGCUGGAUAAUUCUAGGAGCGACAUCCUGUUUCCUGUGUAAUAAAAUAUAUUGAAGUUUUAAGCUAUGUUCAUGGGAGAGAGGUUCUGUUGAAGCCCAAUAGCAACAGGAAUGCCAGCGUAGUGUACUACAGAUUUGUUUUUAACCAUGUGCCUUUAAUUGAGCAGAAACAGAGUAUUUUAUGCAGUUACCUGUUAAGUUUCUAAUAAAAAGUAAUGUUACCAUGGGAUUA